GUGAUGGGGCAGAACGAAGAGAGACUGAGAGAGAGAGAGAAGGGUAGUGUGUUAGUGACUGGAAAGGGUGAUGGGAUUUAGUAGUGACCAACGGUGGAUUGACAAGUGCUUUUUCUUGGAGGGACCUUCAUUACCACCAUUACUACCUUCCUAAUUUACUUCUUCGUUCUCUGCGUGUCUGUUUCGUUUUGCCCCCUCGGGACGUCUGUGCUCUCAGGUCAGGGUGUUUAAACGUAUGGCUGAUUGAGCAGGCAGUAGACGUGGACGUCUCACCAUGGCGUUGGGUGCGGUGUGGAGCCGCGUUAAAAAUGUGUGCCAACAGAACGGCCUCCUCAUCCUGUCAGUGUUGGCCGUGGUUAUCGGAUGCCUGCUGGGCUUCUUUCUGCGCUCCAAACACCUCUCUGAGCAGGAGGUGAAGUUCUUCCAGUUCCCGGGGGAGUUGCUGAUGCGGAUGUUGAAGAUGCUCAUCCUGCCUCUAGUGGUUUCCAGUUUGAUGUCUGGUUUGGCAGCACUGGAUGCUAAGUGCUCUAGUCGACUGGGAAUCAUGACAGUUUCUUAUUAUCUGUGGACGACCUUUGUGGCUGUGGUGGUGGGCAUCGUCAUGGUCAUCAUCAUCCACCCGGGUGGAGCUGCCCAGAAGGAGGAUUCGGAGGACAGCGGGAAGCCCAUCAUGAGCUCAGCUGAUGCUCUACUUGACCUUAUCCGCAACAUGUUCCCAGCCAACCUGGUCCAAGCAACUUUUCAGCAAUAUCGCACAAAGAGCAUCCCUAUCAUGAAGUCCAAACCCACCAUUGGUCAGGACGUACUAGACACCACCACCAAACGGGUCUUCAUUUAUGGAAUCCAGGAUGACAAUGGCACAGACACCCAGAACUUCUCCCUUGACCUGACGCCACCUCCGGAUGUGGUCUUCAGAACGCUUCCUGGCACCAGUGAGGGCAUGAACGUCCUCGGUAUCGUGAUCUUCUCAGCUACUAUGGGAAUCAUGCUUGGAAGAAUGGGACCAAAUGGCAGCGCUCUUGUCAACUUCUGCCAGAGUCUGAAUGAAGCUGUGCUGAAAAUUGUGGCCAUUGUUAUAUGGUACUUCCCGUUUGGAAUUGUGUUUCUGGUGGCUGGGAAGAUCUUGGAAAUGGACGACCCUUCAGCUAUGGGAAAGAAACUGGGCUUCUAUGCUAUCACUGUGGUCAUGGGGCUGGUGCUUCACGGUCUGUUCAUUCUGCCUUCCAUGUAUUUCUUCAUUACGAAAAAGAGCCCCAUCGUCUACAUCCGAGGGAUUUUACAGGCCCUGCUCAUCUCAUUAGCUACUGCAUCCAGCUCCGCCACGCUGCCUAUCACAUUUAAGUGCCUCCUGGAGAACAACCACAUCGACCGCCGCAUCAUUCGCUUCGUACUUCCUGUUGGCGCCACUAUCAACAUGGACGGCACUGCCCUAUAUGAGGCCGUGGCAGCCAUCUUUAUAGCUCAAGUCAACAACUACGAGCUAGACUUUGGGCAGAUCAUCACUAUCAGCAUCACGGCUACAGCAGCCAGUAUCGGUGCUGCUGGCAUUCCACAGGCCGGCCUGGUAACCAUGGUGAUAGUGUUAACCUCAGUGGAACUUCCUACAGAUGACAUCACUCUUAUUAUUGCUGUGGAUUGGGCCCUGGAUCGGUUCAGGACGAUGGUGAACGUGAUGGGUGACGCUCUGGCCACAGGAAUCAUGGCACACAUAUGCAGAAAAGACUUCGUGAAGGAGGGCGAGGAGAUUCCUCUCAUCUGUGAGACCAAGCCCAUGAUCAGCAUCCAGCAGAUGAUGUCCUAUCAGAAAAACGGCUGCUUCCUGUCCCCUCCGCCAGGCCCCAUGAGGAAACCCGAGCACCUGUCGCCCGACGUGGCCCGUCUCAUGCAGCUGGAGGAGGGCAUCAGGCCCCCUGACAAGAAGAAGAAGUCCCCUCAUCUGUCUCCACACCAUUACAAACGAGACUAUAAAGACAAAGACCACUGUACCAUUGACAUGAACGGUCUGGAGACCAAUGUCUAGACUCCUUCACAGACCAAAAGCCGUUCUCUUUCUCUACCUUUGGAUUUUGAGUGC